AUGAAACAACACUUGGGACAGAGGGGAGGAGUAAAGUUUCAGCUCAGUGCAGUUAACAUGCUUGCACAGUGAGUGAGUGACUGUUCAGCAGGCAGCGGCUCGUCAGAUCAGCACAAGUCGUCCAACUUGUACCUGCGUUUCUGGGUGCAGCUGCUCCACCUGAGGAAGGGAAGGCGCUGCAACUUCUCACAGCCUUUUCCUACUUCACCAUCAUUUCCAUACAUUGCUCUUCCAAGCAGGUGGCAACAUGCUAAAGAAGGUUCUGUCAUUCAGCCGCUCCUUAGUGCGCAGGAAAGUGGUCGACCUGAACAGCCUGGAGGACUCCAAGCUGUGCCGCUGCCUGGGAACCGUCGACCUCAUCGCCUUGGGGGUGGGCAGCACCCUGGGCGCUGGUGUCUAUGUCUUAGCUGGAGAGGUGGCCAAGGGCAACUCUGGUCCCAGCAUUGUCAUCUCCUUCCUCAUCGCCGCCCUUGCCUCUGUCAUGGCUGGCCUGUGUUAUGCUGAAUUUGGGGCCCGUGUCCCCAAGACCGGCUCUGCCUACCUGUACAGCUACGUGACCGUAGGGGAGAUCUGGGCGUUCAUUACAGGCUGGAAUCUGAUCCUGUCAUAUGUCAUUGGUACAUCUUCAGUUGCCAGAGCAUGGAGUGGCACAUUUGAUGAAAUGAUCGGCGGACACAUUGAGGUCUUCUGUAAAACCUACUUCAGCAUGAACUAUCCCGGUUUGGCUCCAUACCCCGACUUCUUUGCUGUGUGCCUGAUUCUACUGCUUUCUGGACUCUUGUCAUUCGGAGUAAAGGAAUCCGCCUGGGUCAACAAGGUCUUCACCGCAGUCAACGUUCUUGUGCUCCUGUUUGUCAUCAUUUCCGGCUUUGUCAAAGGAGACACAUGCAACUGGAAGAUAAGUGAAGAAUCCCUUGUCAACACCACCAUAGUCACGAGGAACCUGUCAGAAACAGCCAAUGUCAGCAGUGAUUAUGGUGUCGGAGGCUUCAUGCCCUACGGAUUCAGUGGGACGUUAGCCGGUGCGGCUACCUGCUUCUACGCUUUUGUUGGGUUUGACUGCAUUGCAACAACAGGUGAGGAGGUGAAGAAUCCUCAGAGAGCCAUUCCCAUUGGGAUCGUGGUGUCACUCACCGUGUGUUUCCUGGCCUACUUUGGUGUGUCUGCUGCACUCACCUUGAUGAUGCCUUACUACCUGCUGGAUGAGAAGAGCCCUCUGCCCAUGGCCUUUGAAUAUGUAGGCUGGGGCCCUGCUAAAUAUGUAGUGGCAGUGGGUUCACUGUGUGCCCUUUCCACCAGUCUGCUGGGCUCCAUUUUCCCCAUGCCUCGUGUAAUCUAUGCUAUGGCACAGGAUGGGGUGCUUUUCAAAGCCUUAGCCCGAAUCAAUCCUAAGACGAAGACCCCAGUUAUCGCCACUAUGACCUCCGGUGUAGUUGCAGCCGUCAUGGCCUUCCUGUUUGACCUGAAAGCCCUGGUUGACAUGAUGUCUAUCGGCACCCUGCUGGCCUACUCACUGGUUGCUGUGUGUGUGCUCAUUCUCAGGUACCAGCCUGAUGGAGCUAUGGAGCGGCCAGCAGGUAAAGCUGGAAGGGACUUCCUGUCAUCUGAAGGUGAGUCUGAGCUGACGGAAUCAGAGUCCCACCUCAACAUGCUUAAAGGUGGCAGCACCGCCCUUCAGGCUGCACUGCACCCUCCGGCUUUACCAUCUGAGCAGUCAUCCAGUGUGGUCAACAUGUCCAUCAGUGUGUUAGUGCUGGUCGUGUGUGUUGUCAGCUACCUCACCACCUACCACUUCGGGUCGCUUUUUGGUUUGGAGGUGUGGCUCUUGGCUGUGUUGUCCGUUUGUCUUGUUAUCUUUGGCGCCUGCGUGCUCAUGGUCUGCAGGCAACCUCAGACCACCAAGAAGGUCUCCUUCAUGGUCCCCCUCCUGCCGUUCCUCCCAAUUCUGAGCAUAUUUGUUAACAUUUACCUGAUGGUGCAGCUGAGUGGAGACACUUGGAUACGUUUCUCAGUGUGGAUGGCUGUGGGAUUCCUGAUUUAUUUUGGCUACGGCAUGUGGCACAGUGAGGAGCGGCAGCACCACCUUGUGGAGAAACAGAGCAACAGCAACGCCGCUCAGACCAACACCAACACUGGCGGGCAGAAGCAGGCCGACAGCAACUCAGAGGAAAAGGAGCAGGAGUGCUUCAUAUGCCAGGAGAAGACCAGUCAGUGUUAAAGUUUCAAAAUUCAGACUCUCGCCAGGCGACAGACGCCUGGAAGCACCCAGCAGCUCGAUGUACCUGCGCACACGUGGCUCCUCUCCAUCGCACCUUCCGUCUGCAAGGACAGCAUCAGUAUUCUGUCUCAGAGAUCACACGAUGAGGCCGUCUCUGCGGGUGGACAUGCAAGUCCACCAGGAGGAAUACACUGGAGAGUGAUCCUUGUUUCAUUCCAUACUGAAGCAGCAGCAGCAAAGGUCCUCGUUUCCUCACGGCAUGCAGAUUUCUGCACAAGAUGCACAUUCGGUCCCACCCGUUCAGGUUUAAAUGCUCAGAUUUAUGCAGAAGGACCAAUUUUAGGAUGUUUUUCUAAAAAUACAACAGUGUUUUGGAGCGUUAUUGAUAUUUAUGCUGCAACAUCAUAAAGACAUUCUGGAAAGGACUCAGUCACCAUUAGACUCAGCUGGUGAAAAUGUUUAUGUCUAUAAAUCUAGCAUGUAGUUAGUGAAAAAUCUGUUUACCUGUCAUUGACUAUGAACUGUUACAGACAGAAAAUGGAGAUUUGCUCCAGAGCUCUUGUCUUUUCUCACCUGUCAAAUAAGAAUGUGCUGUUUUUUUCCUGCCUGUCUGAUAUUUAGUGUUAUUUCACUACAGUUGCUUUUAAUAUGACCUUCGUGAUUUUUAUAGCAAGGCCGCUCUGCCUUCUGAGGGGGCUCCACGAGAACAGGUCUCUAACUUGUGUCUCUGUUUUUCACACUGAUUAUGUCGAAUUAGGUUUACUGCUUGUUCGGGUGUUUAAAUGACGGACGAGCAGCCUGAACGUCCACAUCUGCAGCAGAGUCUUCCAACAGUGUUGCAGCAGAAAGUAAACAAUGGUGUUUCCACACACCUGGACCAAGACAAACAAUAAAAUCUUCUUACAACCUCA